AUUUUUACCGCCCUCGACGACGACCUGACCCAGUUGCUUCUGGACUUGCUCGCGCAGGAGCUGCGGGCGGGGAACGGCCUUCGGGGCAUCGACGAGAAGUUUAGGCGCGCGAGGGUCUCGCUUUUACACAAACGGGGGCGACGGGACUCGUUGGACAACUACCGGGGAAUCAGUGUGGUUCCGUCACUCUGCAAAGUUUUGGCACACAUCAUGACGCGGCGGCUGCAGAAAUUAAUCUUCGACGAGGAUUUGGCGGACAUUGAAAAC